UUUUGCGAAGCAGGUGACCUGUUAUGUGAGAGCAGACGUGAACUGAUACAGUUGGCAACAUGUUGGACAAGGUUGUGUACGGUGUUGCUGGAGCAGCAGGGGCGUCUGUUGUGGCCUGGAAAACCAUGUUUCCUUGGAUACAUCAUGACCUCAAGAUCAUCAAGGUCGGGAAGCGCGUCAAAACUGAAAUGGACAAAGAUUUUGAAAGUGGAGAGUUCCUGAUAGACAGAUUUGAGAAACAUGUCUACAAUCAACCAAGGAAGCCGUUUAUUAUUUUUGAAGGCAAUGUUUUCACUUAUGAAUACAUUGACCAGCAAGCCAAUAGAGUAACAAAUGUUGUGAGGACAUGGGGGCUGUCGGUGGGGGACACAGUGGCCAUGAUGAUCUACAAUGAGCCAGCUUUUGUGUGGACAUUUCUCGGUCUCCAGAAAAUGGGAAUAGCAACAGCUCUGAUCAACUUUAACCUGUGUCAGAAACAGCUGAGUCAUUCUGUCAAUGUCAGCGGAGCUAAGGCAUUCAUCGCUGGACAAGGAGCGGAACUCUUUGAUGCAGUCCAUGCUGAGGAAGGAAAGUUUGGUGGCAUGCCAAUAUAUAUCCAAGGAUGUUCAGCCAAUCAGGUGUCUACUGGCUACAUCUCAUUCGAUGAUCUUAUGGCAGCAUCGUCUCCAGCUGGAGUUGACGCCAGCGUCCGUGCAGGUUUAACACCAAUGACCCCAGCUUGUUAUAUUUACACAUCUGGCACUACAGGGCUGUCCAAACCAGUGUUUAUGAGGCAAAUCAGUCUCAUGAGAGUCAGUGGAGGUAUCUUGUUUGUGGACCUAACGCAGGAUGACGUGUUGUACAUGACGUUGCCGCUGUACCACAGCGCAGGCGGUGGGCUGGGUCUCUACGGGUCUAUACGUGCUGGUGCAACUAUGGUUCUGCGAAGGAAAUUUUCAGCAUCUCACUUCUGGGAGGACUGCUGUCGCUACAGGGUCACCAUUAUACAGUAUAUUGGUGAAAUGUUCCGGUACCUACUUUCACGGCCAGAGAGCCCUGAAGAGAAGAGUCAUCAAAUUCGAGCAGCAUUUGGCAAUGGUCUGCGUAGAGACAUUUGGGAGCAGGUGCAGGCGAGAUUCAGAAUACCCCAAAUAACUGAGUUCUUCGGGGCAACAGAAGGAAACACAAUGUUGUUCAACCUCAGUAACAAACCUGGGGCUAUUGGAAGACUCUCUCCAUUGUUGCAGAGGUUGAGUGCAAAUUACCAAACCUUGGUCAAAUAUGACACUGCAACGGCGGAACCAAUCAGAGACAGCAACGGACAUUGUAUAGAAGUUAAACCAGGAGAGAAGGGCCUGUUCAUUUCGGCCUUUGCUCCAGUCAACUUCUAUAAGGCAUCACAGGAAGCCAAUGAAAAGAAGCGUAUCCGUAAUGUUUUCAAGAAAGGCGACGCUUACUUCAACUUUGGUGACCUCUUCUACCUCGACCGAGACUACUUUGUGUACUUUGUUGAUAGAAUUGGUGACACUUUCAGAUGGAAGGGUGAGAACGUAUCAACAACGGAGGUGGCCAACAUUUUGACUUCCCUGGAUUUCAUCCAUGAUGCCAAUGUCUAUGGCGUCACUAUUCCAGGGCAAGAUGGUCGAGCCGGCAUGGCAGCCUUGACACUGUACGAUGAUAAACCCUUGACCCCCGAGCUCCUGCGAAAAUUCUGGAAACACUGUGAGGAAAAUCUAGCUACAUAUGCCCGUCCAAUGUUUCUGCGUCUUCAAAAGGAGGCUACGCUGACAGCUACAUUCAAACAGAGGAAGGUUGAGCUGGUCAAGGAGGGAUUUGACAUCAACCUAGUGGACGAUCCUCUCUAUUUUGCUGACCAGGUCACUAAGUCCUACAUUCCCAUCAAACAGGACACAUACUCCAGAAUCUUGACCACAUCCAAGUUGUAGCUGUGGCAGGGGUAGCCAGUCCUAAUUGUAGGUGUCAGCACCUGUACCAUGAACCACUGUUGCCUUGUAACUGACCAGGGGAACCUUAUAUCCCCAGUGUUAUAACGUGAAUGAACUCCAGGUGUAAAA